AAAAAAAUGUUAGACAUUAUAUGAAUUAAACUAUUUCCAGGAUAUUAUUUAUUUUAGUAAUAGAAGGAAUAGAAGGGUACUUUCUUGGCUGUUCAGCCUUUUUAUCAGAAAAGGAAACAAAUGAUAAGAGAGAGAUAUAACAUCAAUCAAACCCUUAAGAAAGUAAUUUAUGAGAUGAGGUGACUGAGUUGCUCAGUCAGUUAAGUCUCCCACUUUGACUCAGGUCAUAAUCUCACAGCUUCUGCGUCCUAGUCCCAUGUUGGGCUCUGUGCUGACAGCUCAGAGCCUGGAGCCUGCUUCAGAUUCUCUGCCUCCCUCUCUCUCUGCCCCUCCCCACUUGGGCGUUCUGUCUCUCUGUCUCUCUUAAAAGUAAACAUUUAAAAACAUUUUAUUAAAAAAGUGAUUUAUGAGAGAAUGUGAACAAAACAUUCCCAUGGAUAGACAUGUAUGUUCUAAGUGAGAUGAUUACUAUAGUGACAAGUUGUUUAAUCUUGUGAAAGUUCCCUCAACUGUGUACCUUCAAAAUAUAAAAUGUGAGGGCAGCCUAAAUCACUCCUAUAAGAUUUCAAACCCUAUAUUUAGAUUAUCCAUAAUCCAGACUAGUUUUUAUAAUAUUGAGGUAAAAGAAAAAUCAUUAGAAUAUUUUUAUGUUUUUAUAAAAAAGAGAAUAGUUACAAGCUUAAUCUUGAAACAUUAGAAGAAAUAGCUUCUGCUUAAAUGCUAGCAAAAGACAUUUUUUUUUUUUAAUCCAUGGCCUGUGAUUGUGUAUACUCAACAAUAAGAGAUCAAUCUUUAACUUCAGAUCAUGUUAUUACUUGAAUGUAAGGUCCAAUAGAAACUGGACAGAGUUGCUGAAGGGGAACAUGUGUUUUUGGCUUUCAUAGAUUAUUCACCAUCAUGGACUUUUUAAGAUUUUAUAUUCUAUCCUCAAUCUUCUUUUAACUCUUUUAUUUUCUAUAGGGGAACAUACAUUCUCUGUUCAAAAGUGGGGAAAAAUGAUCAGUGAUGAAAAACCACACAGUACCCAAAGAAUUCAUUCUUCUAGGGCUAUCCGAUGACCCAGAGCUCCAGACUGUGAUUUUUCUCUUUUUAAUUAUCACAUAUCUAUUAAGUGUCACUGGAAAUUUGACCAUCAUCACUCUCACCUUGGUGGAUUCCCAUCUACAGACCCCUAUGUAUUUCUUCCUCAGGAACUUCUCUGUAUUAGAAAUAUCCUUUACAACUGUCUGUAUUCCUAGAUUUCUGGGCACAAUUAUCACCAGAAACAAAACAAUUUCAUACAAUAAUUGCACUGCUCAGUUGUUUUUCGUCAUCUUCAUGGGUAUAACUGAGUUUUAUCUUCUAACUGCCAUGUCCUAUGAUCGCUAUGUAGCCAUCUGUAAACCCCUACAUUAUGCAACCAUCAUGAACAAAAGAGUCUGCAUUUUACUUGUCUUUUGUGCUUGGCUGGCAGGAUUCUUAAAUAUCUUCCCACCAGUUAUUCUUUUUCUCCAGUUAGAUUACUGUGGCUCCAAUGUCAUCGAUCACUUUGUUUGUGACUAUUUUCCCCUCUUGCAGUUAUCUUGCUCAGAUACAUGGCUCCUAGAAGUGAUUGGCUUUUACUCUGCAAUAGUCAUACUGCUUUUCACUUUGGCAUUAAUAAUUCUAUCCUACAUGUUCGUCAUUAGAACAAUUCUGAAACUGCCUUCCGCCAGUCAGAGAAAAAAGGCAUUUUCUACGUGUUCCUCUCACAUGAUUGUCAUUUCCAUCUCUUAUGGAAGCUGCAUAUUCAUGUAUGCCAACCCUUCCGCAAAACAGAAGGCAUCAUUGACCAAAGGAGUAGCUAUUCUGAAUACCUCUGUGGCUCCUAUGAUGAAUCCAUUUAUAUAUACCCUGAGGAACCAGCAAGUAAAGCAAGCCUUUAAGGAUACUGUCCAAAAGGUUAUGUUUUUCUCCAGUAAUUGAAUGCAUUAGUAGCAUUACAAGAAUGAAGUGCUUGGAAAUGCUUCCUAUUAUUCACACUUUCUCAAAACUCCCUUUCCUUUACUCGAGUUAUGUGUUUUCCCCUUUUUUUCCAUCCCCCUAUUAAAAUUUCCCAGUCAUGGAACUCAAUAAAUUUGAUAAUGUGAAUAUCGUCUCAGAAUUUUCUGUGCAUUCACAAGUUUUAUUCAAAUGUAUUUGGAUGAAGUAAUAAAAUUGGGUUGAUGAUUA